GCAUGAACAAUGGCAUGGCAAGGCCCAGCACCCAGGUCCUGGCAUGAGGAUGAAUUAUUAAUGCGUAGCCCCUCGUCGCACACACACACACACACACACACACACAGGAGAGAGGCGCACACCCUGGCUGGACUAACUGGCUACUGAGGAAUCAUCUUCAGAGCAGCCCAUUGUGGUUCACAGAGGACUGGAGGACUUGUAUUCCAUUGCAGAGACGCCUGUUCCAUCUCAUGCCUACGAACCGAGGAUCCAGAGUAAGAAGGAAAGCUUUGAGGCACCAAAAGAGCGCGCUGUAGGGUUAAUGGCAUCUUCAGAAUCGUUCCAUCAGGAUUUGAUCUCCCUGUAGAGCAAAAGCUGGUUUGUGACUUGUGACUCAUUUUGCCAUACUAGGAAAAUAAAUCAAAAGGAAGAGAGGAAGUGGGGACAUUGUUCCAGCUGUGCCUUGAUUAACAGUGAACCAUCUGGUGAAUACAAAACACGACAGAGAGGGCCCUCGAUUGAGCAAGUAAAGUUACGGUUGUGAAGUGAUCAGCUAAGCCAUAAGAAAAUGUUAUGAAAUGCAGCUGCAAGUCCACCUACAUUUGAGGAGUGGAUGCUUCUGUACCUAGUAGUGUGGUGUGUGCUGGAGAACUUGGGCGGGGCCCUGUUUUCCCAGCAUGCCACCACGGCCGUCAUCGGGGGAGCUAUGGGGCCUGCACCUCAUGCCCCCUCGCAUCCUGGUGGAUUGCUGCCUGCCGAACGGCAUGCUGGUCAGCCUGGAGUGCCUACGGGAGGCCCCGCUCAUCAGCAUCAAACAGCAGCUCUUCGCUGAAGCGCGCAAAUAUCCUCUCUACCACCUCCUACAGGAGGAGUCGUGUUACAUCUUCGUUGGGGUGACGCAGGAGGCGGAGAGGGAGGAGUUCUAUGAUGAGACGCGGCGACUGUGCGACCUUCGGCUCUUCCACCCCAUUCUCAAGGUCAUUGAGCCACUAGGGAACCGGGAAGAGAAGAUUCUCAACCGGGAGAUCGGCUUUGCAAUAGGCAUGCCCAUUUGUGAAUUUGAGUUGGUAAAGGACCCGGAGGUGCAGGACUUCCGGCGGAGCAUUCUGAGCGUGUGCAGGGAGGCAAUGGAAGAGCGGGAAGGGGGAGGAGCCCACAGCCAGGCCCUCUAUGUGUACCCUCCCAAUGUGGAGUCGUCUGCCGACUUGCCCCAACACAUCUUCUGCAAGCUAGACAAAGGUCGUUUGAUCGUGACCAUCUGGGUGAUCGUCUCGCCCUCCAACGCCAAGCAGAAGUACACCCUGAAGAUCGCCCACGACUGCCUGCCCGAGCAGCUGAUCGCCGAGGCCAUCCGCAAGAAGACGCGCAGCAUGCACCUGUCCGCGCAGCAGCUGCGGCUCUGCGUGCAGGAGUACCAGGGCCAGUACAUCCUCAAGGUGUGCGGCUGCGACGAGUACCUGCUGGAGAAGUACCCGCUCAGCCAGUACAAGUAUAUCCGCAGCUGUAUCACUGUGGGCAGGUUGCCGCAUCUCAUGCUGGUGUCCAAGGACAGUUUGUACAGCCAGCUCCCCGCCAGCGGGUUUGUUGCCCCCUCCUACAGCCGGCGCACCCCCCAGCCCAGCCCCUGCCCUGGAGGAGGGGACCCCAGCGCCCCCCGCUCCCUCUGGGCCUUUAACACUCUCCUGAGGGUCCGGCUGCUCUGCGCCACUUACGUUAACGUCAACAUCAGGGACAUAGACAAGAUCUAUGUGAGAACAGGUAUCUAUCAUGGAGGAGAGCCACUGUGUGACAAUGUCAAUACCCAAAGAGUCCCUUGCUCCAAUCCCAGGUGGAACGAGUGGCUGUCGUAUGACAUCUACCUGACAGACCUGCCCCGCUCCGCCCGCCUCUGUCUGUCCAUCUGCUCUGUGAAAGGCCGGAAGGGGGCCAAAGAGGAGCACUGUCCCUUGGCCUGGGGAAAUGUUAACCUGUUUGACUAUAAGGACACGCUGGUGUCCGGGAAGGUAGCGUUGAGCCUAUGGCCUGUACCGCAUGGCCUGGAGGACCUGCUUAACCCCAUUGGAGUGGCUGGAUCCAACCCCAACAAGGAGACGCCCUGUGUGGAGCUGGAGUUUUCCUGGUUCAACCAGACGGUGAUCUUCCCCGACGAGCAGCAGAUAGAGGAACAUGCCAACUGGACUAUCUCCAGAGAGCUGGGCUACAACUACUGCCUGGGGCUGAGCAGCCGGCUGGCGUGUGACAGCACCGUGUCGCAGACGGACUCAGAGCAGCUGCGCAGUCUGUGCAGCCGGGACCCUCUGUAUGAGCUCUCAGAGCAGGAGAAGGACUUCCUCUGGAGACACAGGCAUUACUGCGUAAACAUUCCCGAGAGUCUUCCCAAACUGCUCCUAUCGGUCAAGUGGAAUUCCCGAGAUGAGGUGUCCCAGAUGUACUGCCUGCUGAGGGACUGGCCCCUGAUGCAGCCCGAGAGCGCCCUGGAGCUGCUGGACUGUAACUUCCCGGACCCCAUGGUGCGGGAGUUCGCCCUGCGCUGCCUGGUGCAGGGACUGACCGAUGACAAACUCAGCCAGUACCUACUGCAGCUGGUGCAGGUACUGAAGUACGAGAUGUACCUAGACAAUCCUCUAGCAAGGUUCCUCAUCAAGAAGGCACUGACCAACCAGCGGAUCGGACACUUCUUCUUCUGGCAUCUCAAGUCAGAGAUGCACAAUAAGACGGUGUCGCGGCGUUUCGGCCUGCUCUUGGAGGCGUUCUGCCGCGCGUGCGGGAUGUACCUCAAACACCUCAACAGGCAGGUGGAGGCCAUGGACAAGCUGGUCAAUCUGACCGACACCCUCAAGCAGGAGAAGAAGGACGAGACGCAGAAGACGCAGAUGAAGUUCCUGGUGGAGCACAUGUCUCGCCCUGAUUACAUGGAGGCCCUGCAGGGAUUCGUCUCUCCCCUCAACCCUGUCCACCAGCUGGGAAACCUCAGGCUGGAGGAGUGUAGGAUUAUGUCAUCUGCAAAACGGCCCCUGUGGCUGAACUGGGAAAAUCCUGACAUCAUGAGCGAGUUGCUCUUCACCAACAAUGAGGUCAUCUUCAAGAAUGGAGAUGAUCUGCGUCAGGACAUGUUGACUCUUCAGAUUAUCAAGAUCAUGGAGAACAUCUGGCAGAACCAGGGACUGGACCUGCGCAUGCUGCCGUAUGGCUGUCUGUCCAUCGGCGACUGUGUGGGACUGAUCGAGGUGGUGAAGAACUCGCACACCAUCAUGCAGAUCCAGUGCAAGGGAGGCCUGAAGGGGGCGCUGCAGUUCAACAGUAACACGCUGCACCACUGGAUCAAAGACAAGAACCGCGGAGAGAGCUAUGACCGCGCGAUCGAGCUGUUCACACGGUCAUGCGCCGGGUACUGUGUGGCCACGUUCAUCUUGGGGAUCGGAGACCGACACAACAGCAACAUCAUGGUCAAGGAGAACGGACAGCUGUUCCACAUUGACUUUGGGCACUUCCUGGAUCACAAGAAGAAGAAGUUCGGCUACAAGCGAGAGCGCGUGCCCUUCGUCCUCACGCAGGACUUUCUCAUCGUCAUCAGCAAGGGUGUGCAAGAAUGCACGAAGACGAAAGAGUUUGAGAGGUUCCAGGAGAUAUGCUACAAGGCCUACCUGGCCAUCCGCCAACACGCCAGCCUGUUCAUCAACCUGUUCUCCCUCCUGCUGGGCUGCGGCAUGCCCGAGCUGCAGAGCUUCGACGACAUUGCCUACCUGCGCAAGACGCUGGCGCUGGAGAAGAGCCAGCAGGAGGCGCUGGAGUACUUCACCAAGCAGAUGAACGACGCCCACCACGGCGGCUGGACCACCAAGAUGGACUGGAUCUUCCACACCAUCCGCCACAUGCCCAACGAGCACUGAGUCCCGCUGGAGGCCCACUGACUCUCCCACGUGCUGACCAACUCUCUCCACUUGCACAUUUACUGGCACUCCAACACUGACUGAAACUCCCCCGCUGACUGACCCUCCAACUUGUAGACUGACACACGGACUUACACAGACUUGAUCCUGCACUGAAAUCCCACGCUGUCUGACAAUCUCACACAGUGACAGUUGCACUGAUAUAUUUAUUCAGUGAUAUUUAUUCUUACACACAGACCGAUUCAUUGAUACACAGGCUGGGGUUCUUGUACCAACCUUACGCUCACAUUCUAACACCAUUAUAGACUGACACACACACACGACACUUCACACAGGAAUUUGCACUUUCACAAAUAUAAUUAAGCUCUUAUUUACAUUGUUACUCACAGACUGAUUGCUGUACUGACUGAUAUAGAGGUAUAUGCAGGUCCCACAGGGUUCUUAAAAGCAGCUGUAUUCUGAUACUCUCAUUGUAGGGAUUUUCUUUUGAUUUAGAUUUGAUACACUGACACACUGAUACUCUUACACACAUCAUUAUGAAUGCAUUCUCAAAUACAAACUUCGCCCUCACGUUCUUACACUUUCACAAACUCAGUGACACUCACAAGUGGACUUAUGUUCAGAUUUAAGUACAGACUUAUAUGUGAACAGACUCAAAGACACUCACAGACAGUAAUGUCUGAUAUCAUUCCUGAUGCACAUGCACUGACUGACAAUUUGCCUGACUGACAAUCAGAUACUGACUGAUAAUCGUACAGUAUAUACUGACCACAGACUCUCACACAUGCUGACUAAGGGUAUAAAAAUGCAACAUACAGAUGUUAUGACUGACAUAAACAGUUAUUCUCCAAGCAAUAUAUUGUAUGGUGCACUGACUGUCAUAAAUGAUGGACUAUGGAUAUCAUUUAAGUGAAGCAUGAACCAUGUGGACAUUCUGAAGUAGACGGAUAAAUUCACUGACAGAGCUAAGCACCAACUGGUAGCAUACCUGCUCCAGCUUGAACUCAUACUCUCACCUAUUCUGUCGUUCCUGUACUGAACUACAGUGAAUGCCAUGGAAGACCAACAGGCGCUUGGGUCACCCCGGAGAGCAAGACUGACAAUCUGCCUACAUCAUGUUUGAGAGAAUAUGAGACAAAUUUGGGAUCUGAGGUAGAGGCAGUCCGUGCGACUUAAUAUGGUUUAUGUGAAGCCUUUUACAUUAUGACCAGGCUACACACACAUUGACUGUGAUGUCGUUGUGUUAUCUGCAGUGUUAUCUUCAUGCUGUGGUCACACUCAAAGCACGCUAAGUAUGGCUGUGAUAUGGCAGCUUUACAGUUUGUAUUACACUCCUGCAUCUUAACAGUUCUGUAACAUAGUGUGACUGAAUAUGAUGGGGACUGUGCUAUGACUCCAUUAUUGCACUGUGACUGAAUAUGUCUGUCAUGUGACUGCUACAGUUGUAUUGUGACUUAGUAAGACUUGACUAUGUUAUUGCAUGGAGUCCUGCUGUGACUUGGUAUGACUGUGCAGUGACUCAGUAUGACUGCUUGUGGAGCGCUGUGACACCGUAUGACUGCACUGUGACUGCGCUUUGACUCAGUGCGACUAUGCUGACUGCCCUGCGUCUGUGCUAUGACUAGAUAAGACUAUGCUUUGACUGAAAAUGACUUUGUAAUUAUACAGUACGAUUGCACUGUGAUUGUGCGGUGUACUCAGUAUGACCGUGUUGUUACUCAGCGUCACUUUUCCAUGACUUGAUGCGACUGCACUAUGACUACGGGACUGCAUUGCAGCUCAGCGUGACUGCCCUGCAGCCUGGCGCGACCGCAUUGCACCGGUCCAUUGUGUAGUUGUAUGAAGUGCACAAGCGGAGGGGCUACAGCCGUGUAGACAGCCGAACUCCUGCACCGGGGUCGACCUAUUAGAGAAGCGUACUGCACUACAGUGGUGUCUUAACACUCACACACUGCACAGCUCAACUGCACUACAUAGGGACCAUUGAGUUAGCAUUAGUGUUAGGUUUGAUGAUUACUGUGAUAAAUAGGGUUAAAAUGGCUGCUGAUGGUGACAUCAGGCAGACUCACUUGAUGGGCCUUUUUAGGUUUAUGAAGGCUAGUCAAUUCUGAGACGGCAAUAAGACCCCAUUACACCUCGGGUUGACCCUCCUCAGGUUUUCUAAAGUGGAAGCUCUCACCGAAGGUUGACGUAUUUUGUAAGAUUUGGCGGACAGAAUUAGCCGCCCCCGUUACAGUUAGCUUUGAGGAAGCAGUUUAUUCUGCGUCCAGACAAAAAUAGCAAGAGUACUGGAGCAUGCUGACCCAGGUCUGAUAAUGACAAUAUUGAUAAUCAUUUGGAGUGCUCAAAUGUAGUCUUCCUCAUUACGUAUAAUGUGUAUGUAUGGAGAAAAAAAAACAAGUUCAUCAUUGUUCUUGUGUUUGAAUUCAGUAUUCUAUAGUGAGAAUUGUUCUAAUUGCAAUUAUGAAUGAGCUUUAAAACCAGCAAAACAAACAUGUUUUUGUGGUGGAAGUCACUGUGAGUGCAAUAAAGCCCUGUGCACACUACAUACGUACAUGCAUCUGACAUGUAUCCUGCAUGUUGUCAUUCAGGCUUGAUCUUGUAGGUCAACUGGGGGGAAUUCAUUCUGACAAAAUAUUUCAAAUCAUGUGAUAUGUGCAGGGCUUAUGAAGUUGUGUACCAUCAGGGAAAUGUUCAAACUGACAAUCUCAGAGAACCCUGGAAAUGAUUACAGGUUUUCAUGUUGACCAUCAAUAGACUAUACAAUCAUCCCCUCAGACAACCCCAAAUCAGAAGAAAUUUUGUGUUGCCAUGGAGAAAGUCUGAUUCUCUUUAAACAAGAUGUAGGUUUUCCAUAUUUGCCAUACCUUUGGGGUAAAAGCUAUGAAAGGCCAGCAGGAAGCAGUGUCCUCAUUUCUUAGUGGUGUUCAAUAAGGGUAUCAUUUUUAAGGAUCUGUUUGUGUUGCUUGUUGAUGUUUUAUCAGUGUCCUGUUUCAAUUUGUGGUCAAAGUCGAUCAAUUAUUUACGGAGUUUGUUUCCAAAUUCCAGCGAUAAUGAGUCACGUUCAGAAAGGAAGCUCAGGCUGUGUUUUUGUGUGGCAUGAAAGAGAACUUGAUCGGAGGCCAAGAGUCCAUGCUGAUGACAGCCAGCCCGUUAGCAGCGAAACGAAAAACACUACUGAUUCUUUUGUAUACCGUCCUGGUCAUGCAGGCUACCAAGCACGAUAGCACAGCGUGAAUACUGUGUGGGGUCCAAAAAGCAUUUAAUUAACACUUUUAAGAUGUUGCUUUUGACAUCAAAUUUGACCUUUCGUUAUUUUUUUUUUUCAACUAUUUCUUGAUAAUCAGAAAGUAAUAUUGAUAAAUCAUUGAGAAGUAGCACCUUAGCGUAAAUUAUUUCCAUUUGUGGUUUCUGGCACUGAUAAACCCAAAGCAAUAUUACCCAAUAAAAUUGGGAGUGAUGACCCAGAGGGAGCUGAAUAGUACUGUUUCAAUAGCAGUAGACAUUAGUUAUUGAGUGUUGAUGUUGUGGUGGGACUUUGUUGAAGAAUCGCUGUACUGUAUUUUGAUAAAAGUUUGCAUACUGAUGUCAACAUUGUCUAAAGUCAAACCAGUGGGACUGACUGGAUUGUUAUAACUUAUAAUUGGUCUUUUGGAUGUUUUAUCAUGUUUCUAGUGAUAUUUAACUUAAUAAACAUUUCUCAUUCUUGUCAA